CGGCCGGGCCCCGCCGCCGCCCGCGCGCCCCCGGGCCCCCGACACACAUGAGAUUCUUCAGGCUCACUUUCAAGUGCUUCGUGGACUGCUUCUGACCGCGCCGCCCCCGCCGUCCCGCACCCCGCCCGCCGCCCCGACCCCCGGUCCGGCCGCCCCCGGCCCCCGGCGGGCCCGCGCCUUCGGGCCUCCCCCCCAGUGCCGCCAGCGCCCCCGCCGCCCGCCCGCUCCCGCGGGGCGCCGCGCCCCCGGCCAUGGCGAAGAAGAGCGCCAAGAACGGCAUCUACAGCGUGUCCGGCGACGAGAAGAAGGGCCCCCUGAUCGCGCCCGGGCCCGACGGGGCCCCGGCCAAGGCCGACGGCCCCGCGGGCCUGGGGGCGCCCGGCGGCCACCUGGCCGUGCCGCCACGCGAGACCUGGACGCGCCAGAUGGACUUCAUCAUGUCCUGCGUGGGCUUCGCCGUGGGCCUGGGCAACGUGUGGCGCUUCCCCUACCUGUGCUACAAGAACGGCGGAGGUGUGUUCCUUAUUCCCUACAUCCUGAUCGCCCUGGUCGGAGGAAUACCCAUUUUCUUCUUGGAGAUCUCGCUGGGCCAGUUCAUGAAGGCCGGCAGCAUCAACGUGUGGAAUAUCUGCCCCCUGUUCAAAGGCCUGGGCUACGCCUCCAUGGUGAUCGUCUUCUAUUGCAACACCUACUACAUCAUGGUGCUGGCCUGGGGCUUCUAUUAUUUGGUGAAGUCCUUCACCACCACGCUGCCCUGGGCCACGUGUGGCCAUACCUGGAACACUCCCGACUGUGUGGAGAUCUUCCGCCACGAAGACUGUGCCAAUGCCACCCUGGCCAACCUCACUUGUGACCAGCUUGCUGACCGCCGGUCCCCUGUCAUCGAGUUCUGGGAGAACAAAGUCUUGCGGCUCUCCGGGGGGCUGGAGGUUCCGGGGGCCCUCAACUGGGAGGUGACCCUGUGUCUGCUGGCCUGCUGGGUGCUGGUCUACUUCUGUGUCUGGAAGGGGGUCAAGUCAACAGGAAAGGUCGUGUAUUUCACCGCUACAUUCCCCUACGUGGUCCUGGUUGUGCUGCUCGUGCGGGGAGUGCUGCUGCCUGGAGCCCUGGACGGCAUCGUCUACUAUCUCAAGCCCGACUGGUCGAAGCUGGCGUCCCCUCAGGUAUGGAUAGAUGCCGGGACCCAGAUUUUCUUUUCUUACGCCAUUGGCCUGGGGGCCCUCACGGCCCUGGGCAGCUACAAUCGCUUCAACAACAACUGCUACAAGGAUGCCAUCAUCCUCGCACUUAUCAACAGCGGGACCAGCUUCUUUGCUGGCUUCGUGGUCUUCUCCAUCCUGGGCUUCAUGGCCACAGAGCAGGGCGUGCACAUCUCCAAGGUGGCCGAAUCAGGGCCUGGCCUGGCUUUCAUCGCCUAUCCCCGGGCCGUCACGCUGAUGCCUGUGGCCCCGCUCUGGGCUGCCCUGUUCUUCUUCAUGCUGCUGCUGCUUGGCCUUGACAGCCAGUUUGUAGGUGUGGAAGGCUUCAUCACCGGCCUCCUGGACCUCCUCCCGGCCUCCUACUACUUCCGUUUCCAAAGAGAGAUCUCCGUGGCCCUCUGCUGCGCCCUCUGCUUUGUCAUUGAUCUCUCCAUGGUGACCGAUGGCGGGAUGUAUGUCUUCCAGCUGUUUGACUACUACUCAGCCAGCGGCACCACCCUGCUCUGGCAGGCCUUCUGGGAGUGCGUGGUGAUUGCCUGGGUGUACGGAGCCGACCGCUUCAUGGACGAUGUGGCCUGCAUGAUCGGGUACCGACCUUGCCCCUGGAUGAAAUGGUGCUGGUCUUUCUUCACCCCGCUGGUGUGCAUGGGCAUCUUCAUCUUCAACACGGUGUACUACAAGCCGCUGGUCUACAACAACACCUAUGUGUACCCGUGGUGGGGCGAGGCCAUGGGCUGGGGCUUCGCGCUCUCCUCCAUGCUGUGUGUGCCCCUCCACCUCCUGGGCUGCCUCCUCAGGGCCAAGGGGACCGUCGCUGAGCGCUGGCAGCACCUGACGCAACCCGUCUGGGGCCUCCACCACUUGGAGUACAGAGCUCAGGACUCGGAUGUCAGGGGCCUGACCACCCUGACCCCAGUGUCUGAGAGCAGCAAGGUGGUGGUGGUGGAGAGCGUCAUGUGACAGGUGCUCACAUCACCAGCUCACCCUCUCGUAGCCAUAGCAGCCCCUGCUCUAGCCCCCCACCCCCCCAGGGGGCUUGCCUUUCCCUGACACCUACAGGGUCUGCCGGGGGGGGGAGGGGAGGAAGCACCAGAGUGCUUAUAACUAAAAUAACGUUUUCCAUUUUUAAUAAAAUGCCAAAAAUAUCACAACCCACCAAAAAUAGAUGCCUCCCCCACCCCCCUUAACCAAGCUGGUGCACACGCUGCUUCCCAAGCCCUGCCGCCCGCCCUCCAGUGCCCGCUACAGUCACGUCUCACCUGACCCCACCAGGCCCUGCCUGCCUCUCUCCAGGCUCUGCCCAGCACACCCUUGGGUAGCCCCUCACCCCAGGGGCAGCAGUGGCAGCUCGGGGAACAGGGGGACUGGAGAGCAGAGGGGGCAGGCGAGGGAGGGGCAGCAGAACCAAGGUGAAUAUUUCAGCUGGGCUAGACCCCUCUCCCCCUCCCUACUCUAGAAGCUUAGAGAGCCAGCCAGCAAGGGAACCUUCAGUUCCUGAGCCAAUUGCCACCAAUAUCAGUUGUGUGAGCUUGAGUGCAUGUGUGCGUGAGUACGUAGGGUAUAGACGUAGAUCUCUAUUUCUUAGCCAAGGUGAAUACCAGGUGUAAAUUGUGCCUGUGGGCAAGUGAGGCUUGUAUUUUGCACAUUUUAUAAAAACUUGAGAUUUCUGCUUGUAUAUUUCUAAGAGAAACACCCCAACAUCCCUCUCCUUGCCACGCCCCAUCCCUUUCAGCCCCUCUUACACCUCUGCCCCAGCCAAGGAGUGUGAAUUUAUAGAUCUCAUUUUCAUAGGCAAAACAGAAGCUUCAAGCUGUCGAGUGUGUGAGUCUGUCGUGUGGGUAUGCACGUGUAGUCCCUGGCCCCAGACUGGGGUGGGAAAAGUGCAUGGUGGGGACCUCGGUAGGUGUCCGCACACUCCCCGCUCUGCCCACAGGUCGGCAGGGUGAGCCGACGCAGGGCUCUGUGGGGGGGUCCGGACCUGGGGCUGCUCACCUGGCAUGCUCAGGCUGGCCCACACCCUGCACCCUGGGCCAGGCGCCCCUGCGGCAGGGAUCUGACUGAGGUGGGCAUCCGUCCCCCGCCCCAGGGAUCCUGCACGCGGCUCCCACCUGCGAGCUUAAGGCUGACGCACUUUCCACGUCUCAAGUCCUCCGCGUAGCAGCUUCACUUAAACCCACGUCUGUGUCACGUCCAAUCCUGAGACAGCCGAGGGGGCCCUAGAAAGGCUUCCCUCACACCCUGAUGUGGGCUGGAGGGGUGGGGGGCGGGUGAGGGCGGUGGUCCAGCGGGGACACCCUUACUGUGCUCAAAAGCCACUGCGAACAUAGCAAUAAAAAC